GUGUGUGUAUGUCUGUCUGUGUGUGUGUGUGUGCGUAUGUGAGUGUGUGCGUGUGAGAGUGCGAGUGUCUGUGCGCCAGUGAGUGAGCGGCGGGCGGGCGCGAGUGUGGCCGCCGCGGAGCGCGAGCAGGACCCGGCGGGCGCGCUCCCCAGCCUCCGUCUCCCCGCCGGAACCAUGUCGGGCAGGUCGGUUCGAGCCGAGACCAGGAGCCGGGCCAAAGAUGAUAUCAAGAGGGUCAUGGCGGCGAUCGAGAAAGUGCGCAAAUGGGAGAAGAAAUGGGUGACCGUUGGUGACACGUCUCUGCGAAUCUACAAAUGGGUCCCUGUGACGGAGCCCAAGGUUGAUGACAAAAACAAGAAUAAGAAAAAAGGCAAGGACGAGAAGUGUGGCUCAGAGGUGACCACUCCGGAGAACAGUUCCUCCCCCGGGAUGAUGGACAUGCAUGACGAUAACAGCAACCAGAGCUCCAUCGCAGAUGCCUCCCCCAUCAAACAGGAGAACAGCAGCAACUCCAGCCCCGCUCCGGAGCCCAACUCAGCUGUGCCCAGCGAUGGCACCGAGACCAAGGCAGAUGAGGCCCAGGCUGAUGGGAAGGAGCACCCAGGAGCUGAAGAUGCUUCUGAUGAGCAGAACUCACAGUCCUUGAUGGAACAUUCGAUGAACAGCUCAGAGAAAGUAGACCGGCAGCAGUCUGGAGACACGGGUCUGGCCACAGAGACGUCUGCAAUCUCUCAGGUACCUCGCUCGAGGUCUCAGAGGGGCAGCCAGAUCGGCCGUGAGCCCGUUGGGUUGUUGGGGGAUCUGGAAGGAGUGCCACCCUCUAAAAAGAUGAAACUAGAGGCCUCUCAACAAAACUCCGAAGAGAUGUAGACGACGCUUGAAAGCCUCCGAUCCAUGUUUCAUGGAAGGUACAUCAGCAAUUAAUUCUAGAGCAACUUUGCCCGAGCGAUUCCUCUUGGGUGCGAACAGAACCGCUAACGUUUCAAGUUUACCAAGUGCAAAUCCAAGAAGACCCAGAACGGCGGAACUUCUCAGACACUGAAGAACUCUCUGCUGUGAAGCAAAACACUCAAACCUUUAAGGGACUGUCCUUGGGGAGGCAGGCGGGGCGGCUGCUCAGGAGUGUCUGCACACUGUCUCGGAAGCCAGGAUUCCAUUUGUGUUGCUGCUGUACUUUUUCCCACUUCUCUAUGUAACGAUGUAAGCUAUUGGAGGGUGGUACCGAUCAGGAACGCUUUCCGGCGGGGCUUUUCACUGUUCAACCGAUUCCUUCCGCUUUCUUUUUUUGUGCCUUGUGCCCUUGAGGUGACUUCUGGCAUGUAUCCUGGUGGCUUUUGCGUCUCCCCUCUGCAAAGUGCCCUCGUGGUUUGGUUCGGGCGGCAGCUGCCAUCCUUCUCACCGCUCUCCUUCCUGCCCCAGGACUUGAUUGGAGCAGGCAGGGUGGAGGAGGGGAGCUCCUUAGCCCACCUGGUUUUCAGGUGCACGGGAGCUUACGCACGCCCCAAGCAUCAGGCACCAGGGCCCAAGGACGCGCAGGUGCCAGGCAUAGUCCCCAAGGGCUCUGCUCCUUGGUCCUGGCUGGGCGCCUGCUGUACCCUCCCUUCCUUGGGGCCUUUAGGGCUGGGCAUCUCUGAGCCCACCAUGGCCUAGAUGGACAUGCAAAGCCCUUGGAAUUUUCUGGCACUUCCUCUCUCUUGCCCUCACCCCCCCCCCACCACCCCAUCACUGCUUUCUCCCAGACCUCUGGAUACAAAAUGGCUUCUCUGGCUGACUGCAGGCUGUCUCCUGAAGGCACUGCGUGCGCCAGGGAGGCUGGGAGCUGGCGGCAGGAUUAGCUGGUGCUGAACUUUCUCUCAUAGGACGUCGCUUGGAUUUCAAAUCCACAGUCACCUGCUGCCCUCCGCCUCCCCCAAUGCCCCAGCCCACGCCCCGAGAGACAGGAUCGCAGCGGUCAGAAUCCACGUGCUUUCCCAUUUGUAGGCUGUUCUGACUCUCAGAGCCAACAGCUGGACCAUGUCUCAUCCCCAGAACGUGCCGCCGGUCCCUCCGGGGAGCAGGCCUUGAUGGCUGGGCCUUGAAGGCCACGAACAAGGCGUCGAGGAAUUGGAAAGAUUUGCACACCCUCCAGAAAGGAGAGGUGCAGUCUCCCCUCCCUCGCCUCCCGCACGUGCGCUGGAACGGCUUCCUCUCACUGAACGGGACGCCCCGAGGACAAACUGCCUAAUCGUUUGGUUCUGAGGCCUGGUUUGCUCUUAAUGAAUAUAUGGACUCCUCAGACCUUAAACCUUUUCCUAAGCUUUCUUUACUGCACUGGAGUUCUGACUCCCUUUGAGUUGUGUGUUACUGGGGGGGGGGGGGGUCGGGUUCGCGGGGUUUGUUUUCUGGGGCUAAUUGGUGCAUAUUCAGGUACCACCUUUGAUGUGUGGAUCUUUCUCCUGACCAUCAUGGGAAGUGUCUGCUGGAUUCCAUUUUCUAAGAGUUUCUGAGGGUGAGGCUCUUAUUUUUUCUAAGGGAUCCUGUCUAUUUCCUGCACUUCAAGAAGAAUCAAAAUGUUCCUGAAUUUCAAAUACCUCAUGCAAAAUGUCUCCUGAAAUAAGGGAAAAAAAACAACAACAAC